AUGGCUGCAGCUUCUGCUGUUAAAGAUGAGCCUUCAGAAACUGGCCACGGUGAGAAUCAGAACAAUCUGCCAUUGAAGGUAGAGGGUAACCAGGACUGUUUCAAGACCACCAUGGCAGUUGAGAGACAGGGUUUACUAGCAGACACCGGAAAGACACAUGAAAAAUGUGACAAGAGCGAGCAGUCUGCUAAGAAAUUUGUGGAUGCUCCCUUGCCAACUACCAAUCCAUGGACUAAGAGAAGCAGCAGCUUAACCUUGGCAGCUGAAACCAAUCUGAAUCCUCAGAUUCCUGAUUUUAAAAAAGCACCACAAGUCAAUGCAGUACCACAAGUCAAUGCAGCACCACAUGUCAAUGCAGUACCACAAGGAAAUGGAGCACCACAAAUGAUUGCAGCACCACAGAAGGGAGGUAGAGGAGGUGGCAAAACACCUGCUUCAAAUAUUGAAAGUGUGAAAAAUGAGAAACCUAAAUCCCAGAAGUCUAAAACUGAACUCAAUGGCAACAAACAGGCAGAGAAUAGCCAGAAACCCAAGAUUAAAAAGUUUGGGGAAGAUUACGUUGAGGCUCCACUCCCCACAGUUAACCCAUGGAAGAAGCCUGUGGGAGCUAAUAUGGCUUCUGGACUUGUGAUUCCAGCAAGAGUGGAACAGGACCCCACUCCAGCGGCAGCAGUAGUGGUGUCUCCAGUUUCAUUCAGCAAGGAAUUGUGGAGUGUUGAGAAGACUUUUCAGGCAGAUCUAAAGAAGGAUGUUAUGCCAUUAGAGAUUGCUGCAAACGAGACUGAGCCUAAAAAGGCAGCCAGUCCAGCUUUAGUUGAUGAUAGUUGGCCAACAUUGCACGAAGUCAAGGUGCCAGAGCCCAACCAAACGAUGCCGCCAAAGGCUACCAAGUCUCCCAGAGUAAAAGCCACUCCUGCAUCUUCCACCACUGUCAGCACUACUCCCACGGAAAUUGAACCUGUAGUGUCUGGUAUUGCUUCAGCCCCUGUGACCACCAGCAUAGACGUGAGCCCAGCUCUGUUGGAGCAUACAGGUGAAGCUCCUGUAGAAACACAGACAGUACAGACACAGACUCAGACUGACUCAGGCGGGGAUGACUCCUCCAAAGAGAACAAGGAGACCAGUGGAAAUGACGAUGACACCAGCAAUGCUGUCAGAAGCAAAAAAGGAACAAAACCAAAGUGGCAACGAAUGGAGAUCGAACAUCCCAAACCAGACAGACGCAACAGGCGGAGCCGAAGUCAGGGACGAGGUUUUUCUCCACCGAGGCGUGGCGGGAGACCAGCUGGGGAUCGAUUUAACAGACCAAACCGCAGAUCUGAAGCAGGGCCAGACUCUCAGAACUGGAGAGCAAAUAUGAUACCUCAGACCGACAACACAGCUACGGACCCUGUUGUCACCCCCACCACUGACACAGACAACGCUGCUACAACAGAUGCUGCACAUACCACCAUAAACACAGGCGACCAUGCCCGCGGUGGACCUGGCAUGAACUUCACCGGUAAUAGAAACCCCCGUGGUAGGGGCGCCCCUCGUGGCAAUGGACUUCGACGCGGAGGUGGAAGAGGCCGCGGCGGUGUUCGAGAGACCAAAUCACCGCCAUUCCAAGCCAAUCCACACAGUUGGAACCAUGAACCAGUCUUUCCUGUCAUCACACAAGAUCAAGAGACCAUUCAAGUACCUUGGAGUCAGGGCUUUAACAGAGUCCACAGUAUACCACGGGUACCACCUAUAAACCCAGCAGUUAUGUUAGGAAUGGAAGCAAACUUGUUUCUGCAAGAACAGAUCAUGAACCUCCUGGGACAAGCUUCUGUCUACUAUGAUGUCACCUCCAACACAUACCCAGCACCGUCUGAGACCUUGAAGCACCAAGUAGAGUAUUACUUCAGCGAGCACAACCUAGUGAAAGACACCUUUCUGCGGAAGAAGAUGGACAAGCAGGGCUGGGUUGAGCUGGAGCUGGUUCUCAGCUUCAACAAGGUGAAAGCACUCAAUGCCGAUUACAAAAGUCUUAUACAGGCCAUUAGAUUCUCAGACAAACUAGAGCUGUCAGAGCAUGAGGAUUAUGUCAGAACAUUGAAUUGUCCAGAAUCCUGGCCCAUUGAACCUGAUGUCCCUGAACUUCUGCCACCUGUAGAAAUCCAGAGAGUGGCAGCCAUGUCCACGCUGCAUUCUGAUGCUCCUGAGUUUAUACCCGGGAAGCCGUUUGUGCUGAGAAAUCUAGCCAGCAGUGUGCCUGUGACAAAAGAAGAUGACGUCGUGCCAAAUUCAGAAAGCCAGGAUACUCCUACAGAGGAGCAGGACAGUCUUGUGGGCACCUCGGCCUCAGCCAGCAGUCUAGCCACCGUUCCACCUAUGCUGUCCUCCAGGUAG